AUGACUUUGGUUCUUCUGAACAUCCUGCUCCAGCUGCUUCUGCUCCAUCUCUCACCGGUGAGCGUGUCCGCGCAGCGCACACAUCCAGCGCGCUACUUCGGACACAUAGCAGAAAACUCCCCGGCUGGGACGCCUGUGGACCGGGUCAUGAUUCCGCUCCUCACCGCGGAGUGUCCUGAUACGAAUCUCAGCGCGAGCCUAGGCGGGAAUUACGCAUCGGAUUUCAGGCUCGUUCACAGGCACCGGGACCAUCGGGGGCAUCUGAGUUUGGUCUCCGCGAAACCUUUGGACCGGGAGUUUAUAGCGAUGUACGAGCUGACCGUGGAGCUGCCGCCGAGGUGUCAGAGGAGAGCAGCUGCCAUCCAGGUCGAGGUGUCAGACAGGAACGACAACAUACCCAGCUUCACCAGCGGGAACAGAACGGUUGAAGUAGAUGAGUUGACUCCUCUCGGAACCGAGCUGGCUCGCUUUGACGCAAAAGACAGAGACGCGGAGAAAAAUGGACGCGUAACUUUUUACGCAUGGCCGGAGGAGUCCAGUCUGCUCCACGUGGUUCCGCAGACCGGACAGGUGUGUCUUGUCGGGUCCCUGCUGGGACUCAGCCAGGUGACUCUGCGCCUUCACGUGAAGGACAGAGGAGACGUCGCGCUGAUAGGAGAGCCCGUGUUCCUGCGCGUCAACGUCCGGAGGUCCAGCAGGGCGCGGCGGAUGUCCCGAGCUCUGCCCGAGGAUCUAACCUACUUGGUGACCGUUCCAGACCACAUCAGAGUCGGGGAUCUGGUGUUCACCGUGCCGGACCAGAGGUUUGAGCAGCGGUGGUUCGAGGUGAUAUCUGAGGCCAACUCACCUGUGCAGAUCGAAAGGGACUCUGGACGUUUGUACCUGGCGCGCAGUCUGAGGGAGCCCGCGGAGGUGGUGGUCAAGAUCCAGAACGUCCGAGGUGAUGAGUGGUACCUGUGUGGGCUGACUCUGAGCAUGCCCAGUCAGGCUGACCUGCAGUGGGCCAUGUUUCCAUCCCCUUACCUGGCCACCAUCAGUCCUGAUGCCUCUCCUGGCUCCAUAGUAUACCGACUGUCGGCACGGCAACGAGAUGGGACACUGGGACAGGCCCAGUUCCUCCAGUUGGAUGGUGGCGAGGAGUGCUUUGAAGUGGAUCGUCGUUCUGGUGUGAUUCGAACCACCGAACGCCCUCUAACCCCAAGUAAGGAGUACCUGCUGCGGGUCCAGGCUGUAGAUGGACGGGGCCGCAAAGGCCCACCUGCCAUUGUUUCCAUCCUCACUGGAUACCGACCACCGCAAUUCACUAACUCCACCUACAGCCUGAAUGUGCCGGAAAACUCACCUGUUGGCCAACCAGUUGCUGUGGUCCAGGCCAUCUCCUUCCAGAAGCAGAGUCUGUCCUACAUGCUGCUGAUAAACCCUGGAAAUCUGUUCAGCAUCAACCAAGAGAGCGGUGCACUCAGCCUCACAAGAACCGUAGACUUCGAGAGCAGUCACAACCUCCACAAUCUGCAGGUCCGGGCCUCUGAAACGGACACAGGCCUGAGCGGUGUGGCAGAGGUUGUUGUGCACGUAACAGAUGAGAACGACUGCACACCUGAGUUCCUUCACUCCAUCUACAGCAGAGAUAACAUACCUGAGAGCGUCGCACCUGGAACGUCUCUGCUCCAAGUUCUGGCUCGUGACUGUGACUCAGGCGUGAACUCCGAGCUCUCCUACUUCAUUCCAAGCGAGGAUUUUGACAUCACAGCUGGAGGCGUGGUCAGCCCCGCCCGUCGCCUGGACUACGAGCGGCCCAAUCACAUCUAUGAGUUUGUCGUCAUCGCCGUGGAUGCAGGAACGCCUCCUCGCACUGGGACAGCCUCCGUCCGCAUCCGUGUUGCUAAUAGCAACGACGAAGCGCCAGUCUUUUCUCAGAGCGUCUAUAAGACCUUCCUCAGUGAAGACGCCGGUCCUGACACUUUGGUCGCUAUCGUUCAUGCGAAUGACCCCGAUGGGGACGGCGUCUCUUAUGCCAUCACCGGUGGCAAUGAGGACAGCAACUUCCAGCUGGACAAUCAGAAGGGCAUCAUAAAGCUGCGGCGGAGUCCUCCUCCGAGACUCAGGGGUCCACAGUACGUCCUCAACAUCACAGCCACGGAUGAUAAUGCGUCUGGUGGACCAUAUCCACUCAGCAGUUCUGCGCAGGUCAUUGUUGGGAUCAAUGACAUCAACAACAACAAGCCGGUGUUUGAGGAGUGUCAGAACUACAACGCAGCAGUUCUGGAGAACCAGCCACCAGGGACGUUUGUUCUGAGCGUCCAGGCCUACGAUGCAGACAUGGGAGUUAAUGGAGAGGUCAAAUACGGUAUCAUGCACAGGGAUGGUGUGUCGUCUGGAUUUGAAAUAAAUCCUGACACCGGUGUGAUCACAACAACGGGGAGUUUUGACCGGGAACGUCAGAGGGAGUUCACCCUUUCUGUGACGGCCACAGAUCAGGCCGAAGAACCGCUGAUCGGAAUCUGUCAGAUCACAGUGCUGAUCUCCGACGAGAACGACAACGACCCCAAGUUUGAAAACAGCCGUUAUCAGUACUUCCUGAGAGAGGACACUCCAGUCGGGACUAGCUUCCUGCGGGCAGCAGCGCACGAUGACGACCAGGGGAGCAACGCGGCUAUUACCUACUCACUGUCCAAUCAGAAGCCAGCUUACCUGCACAUCAACCCCAGCACCGGCUGGAUUUAUGUCAACCACCCCAUCUCACAGACGUCCAGGAUCAACCAACAAAUCGUAGCAUCAGAUGGAGGAAACCGCAGCAGCUCGGUGGAGCUGACUGUUAUCAUCACCAACGUCCACAACCAGCCGCCCCAGUGGGAGCAGCCCGAGUACUGGGUCACUGUGCCAGAAAACACCAUCCGAGAUGCCAAGAUAGUGACUGUCAAAGCCACGUCUCCGCUUGGUGACCCACGAGUCACUUACAAUCUGGAGGAGGGUCAGGUGCCAGAAACUAACAUGCCGGUGCGGUUCUACAUAAAACCAAACCGGGCGGACGGUUCCGCGUCAAUCCUGGUGGCUGAGAACCUCGACUACGAGACGACGCGCUUCUUCACGCUGAGAGUGCGUGUACAGAACGUUGCAGCCGUGCCACUCGCCUCCUUCACCACCGUCUAUGUCAAUGUGACGGACGUCAACGACAAUGUUCCAUUCUUCCUGUCAUCUACCUACGAGGCCACAGUUCCUGAGGGAGCGCAGAUCGGCACAUCUGUAGCUCAGGUGUCAGCGACGGAUCUCGACUCCGGUCUUCAUGGGAUGAUCAAUUACGUGAUUCUGAAGGAUGAGAGCGGAGAUUCUCAGUACUUCAGCAUUGACUCACACAGCGGCAUCAUCGUCACACGGGCCUCUUUUGACCGAGAGCAGAAAGCUUCCUACCUGAUCGAGGUGCAGUCCCAGGAUGGCUCCGAGUCAGCCCGAUCAGGCCAGCAAGGCCAGCCUAACACAGACACAGCCUAUGUCAGGAUCUUUGUCGCUGACGUGAACGACAACGGCCCAGCUUUCGCCCAGUCGGUGUAUGAAGUGAGCGUGGAGGAAGACAAGGAGGUCGGCUUCGUCCUCAUCACCGUCACGGCCAACGAUGAAGACGAAGGUGCCAAUGCUAAGCUGCGUUACCAGAUCACCUCAGGAAACACCAUGGGGACCUUCGACGUGGAGCCCGAGGUGGGCACUAUCUUUGUGGCUCAGCCUCUCGACUACGAGAUGGAGCAGCGGUACGAGCUCCGGCUGGUCGCUUCUGAUGGGAAGUGGGAGAACGAGACGCUGGUGGUGGUUCAAGUGGUGAACCGCAAUGACGAGGUGCCGGUUUUCAGCCAGACCGAGUAUCACGCCUCUGUGAUGGAGGAACUCACCCAGCUUCCUGUGUUCAUUCUGGAGGUGUCAGCAACAGAUCCAGAUCAGGAAGCAGACCAGACUGCCCUUCGUUACUCCCUCCAUGGCCAGGGUGCUGGUGGUGAGUUCACCAUCGAUGAACACUCUGGAAGAAUCUACGCCCAGCGUCGCCUAGACCGUGAGGACCGCCCUGCCUGGAGAUUCCUUGUCCUCGCCACAGACGAAGGAGGACUAGGACUUACAGGGUUUGCUGACGUGCUAUUAGAAGUCAGAGACAUCAACGAUAAUGGCCCCUUCUUUCCAUGCCCUGCUCUGGAAGUGGAAGGAUGCUUUGUUGGCCAAGUGCCUGAAAACUCACCUGCAGGCACCUCCAUCAUGGAGAUGCGUGCUAUGGACCUAGAUGAUCCCAAUGAGGGCAGGAAUGCUAUGUUGACCUAUAGCAUCAUCAAGAACAUUCGCAAUGAGAUCAAUCUCAAUCUGUUUGCCAUAAAUGCUACCACAGGGACCAUCUACACAGUUCUACGUUCACUGGACCGGGAGAUGGAGGACAAGUAUCUGGUGGUAGUGGAAGCCCGUGAUGGAGGAGGUUUGUCAGGAACAGGGACAGCCACAAUCAGGAUUUCUGAUGUAAAUGAUCAUCCACCAAUUUUUACGCAGAGAGCCUACUCCACUCAGGUAACCGAGGACCUUGAAGUAAACAGUGAAGUUCUUGUGGUCUCUGCCACUGAUGGAGAUGAGGGCGAGAACGCCGUAGUUACCUUCAGUAUUGUUGGUGGAGACGAGGACAGGAAGUUCUUUGUGGAGACAGAUAAAGUGAAUCGACGUGGCAUGAUAAAACUUAAGAAAAGGGUUGACUUUGAGAAACUCCAUGAGCGCAUUUUCAAUCUGACCUUCAAGGCUGAAGAUGCUGAUUUUUUCAGCUUGGCCUACUGCCUCGUUCAGGUUGAAGAUGCCAAUGAUCAUGCUCCUGUCUUCUUCCCUCAGUUCUAUGAGUCCACUGCCAUGUCAGAAGAUAUCCCCAUUGGGACAAUUGUCACUCAGGUUACAGCAUCUGAUCUGGACUCAGGCCAAAAUGGGCACUUUUCUUACAGCAUUUCCAAAGAGUCAGACCCCUAUAAUCAGUUCCUGGUGGACCAGUCUGGUUGGGUGAUAGUGGCUCAUUCUCUGGACAGAGAGAAAAUCUCCCAGCACAGGAUCAUAAUCCUUGCAACAGACGCUGGUACUCCAACACUAACUGGAACUGCCAUUGUUAUGGUGACUGUGCUCGAUGUUAAUGAUAAUGGGCCAGAGUUUGAAGUUCCCUAUAAGCCUGUUGUUUGGGAGAACGCUGCAGCACCCCAGGUGGUACGGAUGAACGAAACCUCCCUGCUUCUGUAUGCUACUGAUCGUGACACCUCCACAAACAGUGGCCCAUUCUCCAUUCAGCUUCUCAUGCUUACAUCAGAUGCCAUCAAUUUCAAUUUGACCAACUUUCGGAAUGGAAGCGCAGCCAUCACCACCCUUCGUACCUUUGACCGAGAGCGGCAAAAGGAGUACCACCUUCCGAUUCUCAUGAUUGAUGGGGGCUCUCCUCCAAUGAGUUCAACCAACACCCUUACAGUUGUCAUUGGGGAUAGGAAUGACCAUCCACACUUACCUGGACACACACACUUCAUUGUCUACAGUUAUGAAGGUAUUCUCCCGACGACAGUCCUCGGACAAAUUCAAUCCCCUGACCUUGAUGACUGGAGUGAGAAAGUAUACCAGUUCGAAGGCAAAUCACCCAGAUUUUUCAGUUUGAACCAGAGCUCAGGUCAGCUCAGUGUCAGAGAAGGAACUCCUCCAGGCUCAUAUUACCUGCAGGUGCAGGUUUCAGAUCACACCUGGCCAGAUGUCACUUCUACCACUCAGGUAGACGUCACAGAGCUGCAGCAGGACGCCUUGCAGCAAGCUGCUUCCAUUCGCCUGACAAACCUGACAGCGGAGGAGUUUUUUAGGCGCAGCCGUGUUGGUGAAGAGAGCCGAUUCACCCUUCUCGGUCGGGCGUUGGCUGAAGUCCUGCAGACUUUGCCAGAGAAGGUUCACAUCUUCUCUGUAGGCAACACUGGCCAGCAGAGCAGCAAAGGCCUAAAGGUUUGGUUUGCCGUGCACGGCUCACCGUACUACAAGGCAGAGAAACUACACGGCUAUGUGGCGGCAAACAAAGACAAGUUGGAGGCCAUGUUGGGUGUGUCCAUCUCCCAGGUGGGAGUUGAUGACUGUCCGUACACAGACUGCAGUCAGUUCGGAGGCUGCAGCAGUGAGGUUUCAUUCAGCCAGCUCCCCGUGGCGCUCAGCUCUGGUAACACCUCUCUGGUGUCGCUGUCGGCCUCUUCGACCGCACAAUGCGGCUGCAGGGGGCGAGAAGCAAUCCGCCUGCCCUGCUCCGCUUAUCCCUUCAACCCCUGCCUCAACAGAGGCACCUGCCAGGACGGACCUCUGGGAUACAGAUGUAAGUGUCCUCCCAUGUUUGACGGCCCCGAGUGCCAGCAGACCAAGCACAGCUUCGGUGGUCAGGGUUACGCCUGGUUCCCACCCAUCAAGCCCUGCUUUCAGAGCCACAUCUCCAUCGAGUUUCUGGCCGAGUCCGUCAACGGGCUGCUCCUCUACAACGGGCCGCUGGGGCUCGUCCACUCUGGGGAGAAGGAAGACUUCAUCGCUGUCGAGUUGAGGAACGGGGUUCCAGUUCUGAGUAUAAAUCAUGGAUCAGGAACACUGACCCUUCAGCUCACACCUAAAACCACCAUCAAUGACCGACGCUGGCAUCGACUCGACAUAAUCAGUGAUGGAAAGGUUGUCCAGCUGGUCCUGGAUCAGUGUGGAGGGGUGGCAGCGAAUGAGUUGGAAGGUGUUGGGGGCGAGCUCAGAGAGAUGGAUGAAUCUGGCUGCAGAGCUGCAGGAGAGACACCUGGGAAGCAGAGGUAUUUAAAUGUAUUCCAGCCUCUUCAGCUGGGAGGAGUGAAGGAGCUGACUCCUUACAGACGUUAUCGAAGUUUCACCGGAUGCAUCCGUAACCUUGUGGUUGACAGUCAGGUGUAUGAUCUGGCCUCUCCGGGUGAAAGUGUUGACAGCGCGCCAGGCUGCAGGCUCACUGAUGGCGUGUGUGUGACGGCGGCCGGUCCUUCGUGUGGCGUUCACUCCUCCUGCCUCGCCGACUGGGGCUCCUUCAGCUGUGAGUGCCAUCCAGGGUACACCGGACACAAGUGUGACAGAGCUGUACCGGAGUCCUCGUUCGACGCGAACAGCGUGAUGCGUUUUCAGCUCAGAGGAGGCGGCAGCUCCCGACGCACCAGCGUCCAGCUUCUCCUCCGCACCAGGGCCACAUCAGGAACUCUGCUGUCAAUGGCGUCGCGGGACGCCAACGAGUACAUCAUCCUGGAGAUCGUUGAGGGUCACGUCUCGGUACAAGCCAACCUGGGGGACGGUCCUCACUCUCUCAAGCUCUCCGGUCACCGGGUGGAUGUUGGACAGUGGCUCUUGAUCAGCCUCAGUCGCCAUGACAACACCUUCACCCUGCGACUUGAACAAGGAGGGGGCUCCCGGGAGGUUCAGGCUCGGCUGGGGUUCCACAGGGAGCUCGUGGUCCAUCCAGCAAGUCUGACGAUCGGAAACGGACCAAACUCUGGAGACAAGGCUGACUUUCUGGGCUGUCUGCGCGACGUUCGUUUUAACGGUCAUGUCCUUCCUCUGGACGGCCAGAGUCGGGACUUAGUAAUGGUUCUAGAGAGACGAGGCGUCACGGCUGGCUGCUCCAGCGACGCCUGCAGCAGCCAGCCGUGCCGCAGCCCACUGCGCUGCAUCGACCUGUGGAGGAAACACCAGUGCAGGUGUCCCGGUGCUCAGGUGACAGUGACGGAUGACUCCGGACAGCAGCAUUGUGUUGCAUCGCCCUGCGGACCUUCCUCUUGCCGUAAUGGCGGCUUAUGCCAGGCCCUGUCUCCUGACAGUUACCAGUGUCGAUGUCAGGAGGGUUUCAGGGGUCAGCGCUGUGAGCUCGGACAGGUCAAAGGUCACCGGCUAGCUGCUCUCAGUCCCAGCUCCAUCCUCGCCAUCAGCAUGUGUCUGCUUAUCUUCAUUGUUGUGUUAGUGGCUGUGACCGUUUGGAACCAGAAAGGCAGCAGAAACAAGUUCAGGAAACGAGGAGUUUAUCACAUUCCCGCUGAACACGAGAGCUGGGAGGACAUCCGAGAAAACAUCCUCAACUACAACGAGGAGGGAGGAGGAGAGCAGGAUCAGAAUGGUUAUGACAUCACAGAGCUCAAGCGUCCACUGUGCUCCAGUCUGUCCCAGUCGUCCUCCUGCACCACAGCCCCGCUCAUCAAGUCCUCCCCGGGCUCCCAGGAGGAAGUCCAUCCAUCCAGUUCCUCCUGCAGCUCAGGCGCUCCAUACCUCAGCAUCCCACAUCACCACCACCACCAGCAGCACGCAGUCAAUGCUGGCUACAACAGCGACGCCACCUACGCCAGCUUCACGUCUCACAGGGGCAGAGACACGGAGACGAAUGACGCGGGCAGUUGCGUCGAGGCCCCGUCUGCGUCGCGCUCCCAUGUGGACUUUAAAAGCUACGUGGCGCGGAUAGUUUGGGAGGCAGACAAUGACUGCGACGCUUUCCCACCCGACGCUUACCACGUCUGGUGUGUGGAAGGUUCAGGGUCCUCAGCAGGAAGCCUCAGCUCUUUGGGCUCCGCGGUGACCUGUAGAAAAAUGAGUACAAGCAACGAGGAGGAAGAGGAGGAAAGUAAUGAAGGACGUUUUGUUUACGACAGACUGUCUCGGUGGGGCCCAAAGUUUCAGGCUCUGAGUGAGAUGUAUGACCGGCCCCAGCUGGCCCUCACAUACAGAGACGCUAUAGCCUACAUACAGAGGAGCCACAGUCACGACCCGCUGCCUCAGCAUCACUAGGGGGUGGGAGGCGGGGGACACAGCCCCCCUCAACGGCACAAUCAUUCAACGUUUAUGUGAACAGAAGGGAGAUCAGUGCUGCAUUCACACCUUAUACCAAGU